GGUGGACUUGAACUGCCAACCUUUCAGUUAGUAGCUGAGUGCUUAACCGUUUGCACCACCUAGGUGGCCUCUGCUAGUGACGAGGCUUCUUUAAUCUUAUGUCCUCAUGCUUAUGUCAGUUCUUCUCCAACAAAGUUUGACUUUGAGAGGAAGUUGGCACAUGGUUGAAAUGCACUCACAUGGUUGGGGGAAGAGUGUUCUUCCAGUCCUCCUCCCCACCGGGCCUCCGGCUUCUCUUAACCUGUCAUCAAAGGAGAUGAAGAUGAAUCCCUCCUCAGCCCCCACACCUCAAUGAGUUGUCAAGUACUCUCCCACCCACCUGAAUAGAAAGCAGGAGCAGCAGGCCAGGUUGCAGGUUGAGGAAGUCAGAAGUGAACUUGAGCUGAGUUUGCAGCUCUGGAGAGAUUGAGGAGCAGACUUUUCUCUUGUCAUUUUGGAAAGAGAGGAUUGUGAGGCCGUCCCUUUAAAUAGCAUUCCCGUAGGAGGUAGAUCACAUCCAUCCGUCACCUGCUGCCAAAGCAUCAUUUUGGUCUCUGUCAAACUCAAAACUUGUUGAAAGGGAUUAUGGGGGUAGGGGAGUGAGGAGGCAGGGUCUCCAGGAGGCAGGGGGCAGCUCAGAAGCUGAAAAGGAGAGAGAGGACUGAGGUUGGGUAGAAGGAUGCAGGAAAAGUUGGGGGUGGGGAACAAGAGGAAGAGACAGGGAGAAAAGAAUGGUAGUCUUUUGAGCCUAUGAAUGGAACAGUUAUACCUUGUCCUUAACCACUUUCGAAGUGGGGUAAGGGAGAAAUGGGAUUGAAUUGCAACAAGAGGAAUAAGGUUGAGGUUAAAUGCCAGGACUAGUGACUAAAGAAAGAGAAAGAGAGCCACAUAGUGGAAAAGGCACUGGAAAAUGUUGGGAGACUUGUCAAAGGAGACUAGACUAGAUGGUCUCUAAAAUCUCUUUCAGGAAUAACUUUUUUUUUUUUUUUUUAGUUCUAAAUUUCCCGUCUCUUAAAAUGAGUUAGGAGUUGGGAGCAUGGAAGGGCAGGGGUGGUGGUAUGCCACUGUAUUGACAAGAAAUACUGAGAGAUCCCUCUGGAAGUACAUCUGCUGCUUUCUCACCUCUUCUAGUUUAAAUACCUGCUUAAAUCAGGAAGCACUUUAGCUCUGACCCUAACUUCCUAAUUAAACUCUUUAGUUUUAAUACUGAUUUGCAAAUCUUUUGUAGUCCGUUCCUUUUUCAGUUGAUAAGAAUGAGAUUGCUUCCAAAUUUUGAGAAUUGGAUUGUGUAGGAGUGUGACUGGGGUCUCCAAUGCAGCUGUAUCUUGGCUGGCACUUUUUCUCUGGCAAGGAAGGGGAAGUGGAAUGUGUGCUGAACUUAGAUGGACAGAGAAGGGAAGUCCCAGUAUUCCUUCCACUUUUUUCUCCGUCUCUGACUCUGCCAUCUCCUUGUGUACUUCCUGGGAGCUGGUUCAGCUGAUACUUUUGUCCUGCUAGAUUUGAAAGCCUGACCUAACUUGGCAAUUCUUUUAUGUUGGGAGUCUGAGCUGUGAUAAGCCUUCUUUUUCCUCAUGCUACCACUUCACUUCUUUUCUCCUCCAUUGCCAGGGGAGGGGGGCCUCUACCAGAUAUAUAGAAGAGAGUAAAUACCUUCUUCUAAUCACCCUGCCUUCCAGCUUCUAGAGUUCUCGAAAUUAAAAUUUACAUCCAGGGAUUCUGUAUUAGUGGCCUGUUUUGGAUCCAGCAGUUAGUGAAUGCUAUACCCCCACCUUCUUUUACAUAGGAUUUUCCUCAAUGCCAAAGUAAGUGGCCAUGAGGGAGGAGAACAAUCCUAAGGAAGAGAGGUGGUUUCUGCAAGAGUCUCAGGUAGGACUCAGUUGGAUGGAAAAGGCUUUGCCCUGUUACAAGCUCUUGAGUUCAAAUUCCAGUUCAUUUGUUCUACAAAUGUUUAUUAAACAGCUAGGCUGUUUUGUGUUGGGCUUUUAGCUUUUAGAUUUCUUUCACUGAAGAUGGAUAAGAGGAAAUGAGCUGGAACGGUGCAGGAGAGAUUGAGAUGAGUAUCAGGAAUGAUUUCCUGGCUGUAUAGAGUCGUAUGUAGUCAAGGACGGUAUGGUGCUGUCUGAUCUGGAGAGCUUUGAACUUGGGAGAAAUUCCCACCGGACAGAGGUGUAGUUAGAGGCACCGUGAAGCAGGCUGGGCAAUGGAGACAGGGUCAGGAAGAUCAGGCUAGGCGAGCAGAGGAGAGAUGUGGGAUGCCAUCAUAGCUCAAAGCAGACCAUGAACUUUUCCCUUCAAAGACAGGAGCUCAGGUGUGAGGACCUGGUCUGAGGCAGGGUUCACUCAGCCAGAGUGCCCGGGCUCCCCAGGGAGAGCUCUGGGCUCAUCCGUACCCCUCCCUCACACACGGCACACACAUGCAGCCAGGCUACACGUGGAUAUAUGAUACCGCACACACAUACGCAGAAACUCGAAACGCACACCAAGUGAACCUACACAACCACCCACCCCGAAGUCCUGCGUGCCUCCUCGCCCUGCACUCGGUAAACACGCGCUCACAUACCCCCGCGCGGGGUACGCGCGGCCACUCGUACCCGGCGCCUGUGUGCGUGAGCUCGCUCUUAGGCUCUCCUGUCUGUGCGUCCCGCCAGCUUCCAAACGUUCCUUUGGGAGAGGAAGGAGAGGCUGCGAGGAGUGAGAGACUGGCGGGCAGGCAGAGGAGAAGGGAGGGGGAGCGGGGGGUGGGGAACCUGGCCGGGGGAGGAGGAGAGAGGAGAGGAGGCGGCUCUGGCAGCGCGCGGCGGCGGUGGCGGCGGCAGCGGCAGCGGCGGCGCGGAGAGCUCGGACUAGGAGCCCAGAGCUCGACUGGGCAGCGGGAGAGGAGGAGCCGCAGAACUGCAGCUCCGCCAGCUUGGGCCGAGCCUAGAGACACCAGCCUGGCUGGUCCACGCCAGCUGCAGACAGAGGCAGAGCAUGGAGCUGUCCCCCUGCAGCCCUCCCGAGAUGCUGGAGUCGGAUUGCCCGUCACCCCUGGAGCUGAAGUCAGCCCCCAGCAAGAAGAUGUGGAUUAAGCUUCGGUCUCUGCUGCGCUACAUGGUGAAGCAGUUGGAGAAUGGGGAGGUAAACAUCGAGGAGCUGAAGAAAAACCUGGAGUACACAGCUUCUCUGCUGGAGGCUGUCUAUAUAGACGAGACACGGCAAAUCUUGGAUACGGAGGAUGAGCUGCAGGAGCUGCGGUCAGAUGCUGUGCCUUCAGAGGUGCGGGACUGGCUGGCCUCCACCUUCACCCAGCAAGCCCGGGCCAAAGGCCGCCGAGCAGAGGAGAAGCCCAAGUUCCGAAGCAUCGUGCAUGCUGUGCAGGCUGGGAUCUUCGUAGAACGGAUGUUCCGGAGAACAUACACGUCUGUGGGCCCCACCUAUUCCACGGCGGUCCUCCACUGUCUCAAGAACCUGGACCUCUGGUGCUUUGACGUCUUUUCCUUGAACCGGGCAGCAGAUGACCACGCCCUGAGGACCAUUGUUUUUGAGCUGCUGACUCGGCAUAGCCUCAUCAGCCGCUUCAAGAUUCCCACUGUGUUUCUGAUGACUUUCCUGGAUGCCUUGGAGACAGGCUAUGGGAAAUACAAGAAUCCUUACCACAACCAGAUCCACGCAGCUGACGUUACCCAGACAGUCCAUUGCUUCUUGCUCCGCACAGGGAUGGUGCACUGCCUGUCGGAGAUCGAGGUCUUGGCCAUCAUCUUUGCCGCAGCCAUCCAUGACUACGAGCACACAGGCACUACCAACAGCUUCCACAUCCAGACCAAGUCAGAAUGCGCCAUCCUGUACAACGAUCGUUCAGUGCUGGAGAAUCACCACAUCAGCUCUGUUUUUCGAAUGAUGCAGGAUGACGAGUUGAACAUUUUCAUCAACCUCACCAGGGAUGAGUUUGUAGAGCUGCGUGCCCUGGUCAUCGAGAUGGUGUUGGCCACAGACAUGUCCUGCCACUUCCAGCAAGUGAAGUCCAUGAAGACAGCCUUGCAGCAACUAGAGAGGAUCGACAAACCCAAGGCCCUGUCUCUACUGCUCCACGCUGCUGACAUCAGCCACCCAACCAAGCAGUGGUCAGUCCACAGCCGCUGGACCAAGGCCCUUAUGGAGGAAUUCUUCCGUCAGGGUGACAAGGAGGCAGAGCUGGGCCUGCCCUUUUCUCCACUCUGUGAUCGCACGUCCACUCUCGUGGCACAGUCCCAGAUUGGUUUCAUUGACUUCAUUGUGGAGCCCACGUUCUCUGUGCUCACUGAUGUGGCAGAGAAGAGUGUGCAGCCCCUGGCGGAUGAGGACUCCAAGUCUAAAAACCAGCCCAGCUUCCAGUGGCGCCAGCCUUCUCUGGAUGUGGAAGUGGGAGAGCCUAAUCCUGAUGUGGUCAGCUUCCGCUCUACUUGGACCAGACACAUUCAGGAAAACAAGCAGAAAUGGAAGGAACGGGCAGCAAGUGGCAUCACCAACCAGAUGUCCAUUGAUGAGCUGACCCCCUGUGAGGAGGAGGAGGCCCCAUCCUCCCCUGCAGAAGAUGAACACAACCAGAAUGGGAAUCUGGACUAGCCUCGGGGGUGGCCCAGGUCCUCACUGAGUCUAAAGUCUUCGAUGUCAUCAGCACCAUCCAUCGGGACUGGCUCCCCCAUCUGCUCCAAGGGAUCCCAAAGGUCGUGGAACAGAUAACCCACCUGAAGGCCAAAUGCCAGAGAUUGUGGGAUUGGGGGAAGGACCCCUCCCCACCCAACACCCAUUGGGGCGCACUUUAAUCUCCCGGCAGCAAGACUGGGGAACUUCAGGCUCCCAGUGGUCACUGUGCCCAUCCCCCUUCCUCUGGACUCCCCCUGGGUCAAUUGUCUGGCUGGGAGUGGGAGCUUCCUAGAGGUUUCCCAGGGCCUGGGGGGGAGGGUCAGAGAUGCCAGCCCCCCUGGCCCUCCCCCAUCCUUUUUGCCUCCAAGUUUCUAAGCAAUACAUUUUGGGGGUUCCCUCAGCCCCCCACCCCAGAUCUUAGCUGGCAGGUCUGGGUCCCCCUUCUCCUCCCCUGGGAGAGGCUGGAAUAGGACAGAAAGCUGGGGAUUUUCAGAGCUCUUACAUGUGGGGAGGGGAGUGGGCUCCUUCAGGGCAUGGUACCUUUCUAGGGCCUGGGAAUGGGGGACAUCCUCUUUACCCCAGACCUGCACUGCUUCAGCACCAUUCCCAGCCCAACCCUCUGCAAUCUUCCCUCUCCCCCAUUCUAAAAAUGGAGACUGGGGUAGAGAGGAGCCAUUGGGACCAGGGGCUGAGGGGAGUCUUUCUCUGGGGUCCUUAAGAGCUUGGGACUGGUCUGGGUCCCUGGGACUUGUCACCUGCCUUGGCUGAGUCCUGAGCCCUUUGCCUCCUUCCUUGCCCCACCGGCGCUGGGAGGCUCCCAUCCGACCAAUGUCUGUAAAGUGCUGUGAGGUCUCCCCAGCAAAGCACCUUCAGGAUGCAUCUUAUGAGCACAGGCAGGAGACCAGCUGGGUUGGCAUCAAGGGUGCAGUGGGGAGGGUGAGGCAUAAUCCAGUAAUCCGGGGUUGCUAACAGAGAGGGUCCCUCCUCUCCCUCAGCCCCCUGAACUGGCCUAGCGGCAGGCACCAAGAAGCCCCUCCCCUGGGACAAAUGGGGUGUGGCUGGUGCAAGGCUGAUGGGGGAGGGGCUCCGGGCUGUUGCUGUCGGGUUCUCUGAAUGGAGCCCAGCCAGGCCCACUCCCCCUUCCUCUCAAGCUCCUCCUCACCCCCUCCCCCACCUUGCCCCAGGAAAGGCCAAAGUCCAGGUGACUACCCUCCUCCUUUCUUGUAAAUACCAACCAUGCAUUUGUACAGUGGGCCCUGUUUGUGUGAUGUCCAUAUCCACGGUCGCUGACACUUUUCCCUCCCACCCCACCCCAAGUGGGGCAGAGACGCAUGUGACUCGCCCCUGCCCUUGGUCUCCCAGACCCCUGCUAUAGCCAGAGAUCAAUAAAGAAGGGAGACCCGG